GAACGUGAGGUGCUCCACGACUGAGUGUCCCAUACAGUGUGUGUGCGUCUGCCCCUGCGUCAGAGAGCGAGAGAGAGAAAAUGGCAUCUUCUUCUCAGCUCUCAGCUAUCCCACAACGUUUUGCUUUAGCUUCCACGGACCACGGUAACCUCAAGUCAGUUAGGAUUCCUGUGAGAUCUAGUUUGGAAAAUGAGAACCGAAGUCCUGGAGAUUCAGACAACUCAUCAAAGCCAACAAAGGGUUCUCAAUUAUCAAUCUCUCGGCGUUGUUGUCUCACGUGUUUAUGUUCAACUCUAUCUUUGAUAAACAAUGUUGGUACCUCUAAUUCCAUACAAAAGGCAGCUGCGAUGGAAGCAAAAGAAAGACCAGCAUGCCGGAACUGUGGGGGCAGCGGUGCUAUACUUUGUGAUAUGUGUGGUGGUACAGGAAAAUGGAAAGCUCUCAAUAGAAAACGGGCCAAAGAUGUCUAUGAAUUUACAGAAUGUCCAAAUUGUUAUGGUCGAGGGAAACUUGUAUGUCCUGUUUGUUUAGGGACCGGUUUACCAAAUAACAAAGGUCUUCUUAGGAGGCCCGACGCACGGCAGUUACUUGAUAAGAUGUACAAUGGUCGGCUGCUGCCGAACUCUUAAAAUAGAGGCUAUUUGACCACAAGAGUACACUUCAACUAGUCGGACAAAGAAGAGGCAGAGAGAGAGUAUAGACAAUCUGUUACACUCCCAAGUGCAGCAGCCCUGUUGAGUAGUCAUCAACUUUGUCAAACCAUAGUGUUACUUGCCAUUGUAGCUUCCGAUAUGGGCUUGAUAUGGGGGACUGCAGGAUACCUUUUGCUUACUGGCGCUGCUAUACUUUGGUGUGUACCUUUCGGUAGGUAGGAGGGCUAGUGAUAUGAUCAUAAUUAUUUGAUAUUGUCCGGUGUCGUGUUAGAGUCCAAUAAGGCGUAUAUCUCCGUAUAAUCUAAUAAAUAGUUAGAUUCUUUCUUUAUUAGAGUCGUUCAAGUCAAGACUUAAUUGAUCUAUUAUGUAAUCAAUAGUUUAUUGUUUCUUUAUUUAAAGAGGAACUAUCAAUAACAAAGUACGAGUUGAUUAUU